AUGUGGAGGAUGCAGGAAGGCAGGACCGUGUCGCCUUUAGGACCGGUCGUCCUACCGCGGGAGGAAGCGGAUAUGCGUGCCGGGCUGUCGCUGCCGCCUCAAGAAAGGAGGCACGUGUUGCUCCACGUACGCACCAGCGAGCCUUUUGUACGCUACGACAACGUGCGUCAACAGCACUCGCCGUCGACCUCGCCGAUCCUGCGGCCCGUCGACAGGGACCAGUUCCAUUGCGAGAUGGACGCGCCGUCGACCAAGGAGAAGAGGAUAGACGCCGAGGUCGACGAGGAAGAGGAGCAGGACGAGGAGGAGGAGGAGGACGGGGAUCACGAGAGAAACGCCUCGACCAGGAGGAACAUCGUCGAGGACGAGGAGGAGGACGAGGAGCAGGAGGAAGAGGAGGAGGAAGUGCAUCCUGGGAGUAGAAACGGCAACUACCAGGAGGACGAGGAAGUCGAGGUGGACGUUUGCCGAGACGAGGUGGACGAGAGCAACCCCAGUAGCCCCGUAGACCUGACCGCGCCUUCGUCCAGGGGUGCCGGGUCCGAUCAGUUCCUUAACCCGUUCGCGAACAGAGGCGUGCAUCCUUUCUCGUGUGUUCAGACCGGUGGACAAACCGCUGGCCACGGGACUCCUGUGUACAUAUCCGCUCACGCCGCCGCUGCUUCCACGGGGAUGACCGUAUGCACUUCCGAGAACGCGGCUCGAACCACCGGCACGUCCAUCGGCAGCAUCACCACGACCGCCAGCACCGUGCAGGCCAACAAACGGUGCUUGGCCUUCUCGGUGGAGAAUAUCUUGGACCCCAACAAGUUCACCGGCGGCCGCGUCGUGCACAGUCGCGUUCAGCACCGACGACAUCGGCGGGCCGACAGCGUCCACGAAGAUGGCGACUCGCGGGGCGAGUUCGCCUGCGGCAGCGGCCAGGAGGACGAAGAGGGCACACCGGACACGGGGAUGGAGGACAUGGACGAGGACCCGGACGAAGAGGACGAAGACGAGGACGUGGAGAUGAGGGUGACGGACCAGGAGUCCUCGAACGCUGGCCGGGAGAGCAGUACCGCCGCCGCGAGCAACGUUCCCUCGUCGAACUGCAAGAAACGACAGUCCUCCUCCUCCUCCUCGUCGUCCAGCAGCGUCCAGGCCCAGGGUUGUCAGGGCCAGAACCAAACCGGCCAGAACGGCACCAGUGGUGGCGGUGGCACAGGCGGCAAACCCAGAAGAGCCAGGACGGCGUUCACGUACGAACAACUGGUCGCCCUGGAGAAUAAGUUCAAGACCACCAGAUACCUGUCGGUCUGCGAACGCCUGAACCUGGCUCUGUCCCUCUCCUUGACGGAGACCCAGGUCAAGAUCUGGUUCCAGAACCGUCGAACCAAAUGGAAGAAGCAGAAUCCCGGGCUAGACGUGAACAGUCCCACGGUGCCCACCACGCCGCCUCAUCCUCCGCCUUACGCGCCAGCCUUCCUCUUCGCCACGCAUCCUCAUCAGCACCCGCUGCCACACUCGCACACGCACCCUCACCCACACGCCCACGUCCAUCAUCCGCCGCCCGUGCCGCCGCCGCCACCUGGCUAUUAUCACCCUGCCGCGCCACCUUAUCCUCCGACAGGGCCGACGUUCUUCGGUCAUCACCUGUCCGCCACCCCCGCCACGGCGUCCGGCCCACCGCCCACCUCCACGCCAUCCUCCACGGGCCUGGCCCUGUCGACGCAUCCACAUCCGCACACGCAUCCGCACGCGUAGCGAACUCGACAAUCCAUCGCGCGGACGUCGUCUUCGCCU